AUUUCAUGUCAAUUUCAGUCCAAAAGGACGUAACACAUACCUGUGUAUGGAUAUCAACAGUCAUACAACAGUGAUGGGCAGGUAACAAUGGUCCUUUCAAGAGCAUGGUUCCUGCUGAUAUUCCUAUUGGGAUGCCAAGCUAUUUAUGAAGAAGGUGCGCUUUGCCCUCCGGGGUACCUGCUCCUGUCUUCUAUACCAGAUGGUAACUACGUCUGUUUCUACAUCGGCAAAGCGACAUCGUGGGCAACGGCAUGGAGACGGUGUCACAGGGACUUGGGAAUACUGUUCAGUCACGAGGAUCUGUUCGAGUUUGCAAAUGGCACUGCCUUCUCUGACCAACUUAUAAAGGCCGGUAUUCGACACACAUGGGGUGGAGUUUAUGUUCGAGAUGGCAAGCUUAGGAAGGACACUUUAGACCGCCCAGGCAUAACAACAGACGGGCCGUGGUUUUGGGAUGCUGGGCAACCGACAAACGAACGACAAUGUGGUUCCCUUAUGUUGAACAAAAUACCAGUCAAUUUCCGUCCAAGAACUACUCUCCCCGGAGUCGUCACGGCAAUGACUGAAUCCGGUUUUGGAUCUGGAUCUGGAUCGGGCUCAGGUUCAGGUUCUGGUUCUGGAUCUGGAUCUGGUUCUGGUUCUGCUUCUGGAUCUGGUCCUGGGCAGGAAUCAAUCCCUUCCACUACGUUUUAUCCAGUCCUAGCGUCUCCUACUCCUCUUGGUUUCCUCUCUAGUUUUACAGAGUCUGACUUGGGGAGUGGACCAGAAGGUGGCUUCAUGGGGCAGGAAUUUGAGCCAAAAGAAGAACUUCCUGACUCAGGCGGAGUAUCAACACUAUCCCUCACCAGAUGUGAUACCACCCUCCCUUAUAUAUGUGCUGUCAAACCUCUGACGGAAUUGUAUGUAAAACCUGUUCCCGUUUGUUUAAAUGGAACUGUCGGGUCGUUCCUAAUAAAGACUUGCUACGAGAUGCCCGAAGACAUUGCUACAUUCCCCGAAGCAAGGUAUAGGUGCAAGGCAAAAGGCGGACAACUGGCCAGAUCCAAGACACUGUACGACAAGAGGAUGGUUACUGAAGCCUUGAACUACUUCAGAUUAGACAGUAACGGUACGUCAAAGUUUGUCAGGACAUGGGUAGCUAAUGGCAGUAGCUGCAAAGUCAUUGACGACGUCCCCUCCAACAUGCCACAUCAAUGGGACUGCAACGCAAGGCUGCCUUACCUGUGUGAAACUCCAGUCACAUAUGAAAAUAAAAUCGAACUAACCGCCAGCGCACUGUGGGCUGAUUCGGUUAGGCGGCUGGGAAACUCUGGAGAUGUGGAGGCGUAUAUAUCAACGGGCAAAACUUCUGGUCCUGCUCCACAUCUGAUAUGCAAUGUAAAGGGUCUGAGUACGCCAAUAGAGCGGGUCACGUGGUACAGGAACGGGCGUCUAGUCCCCCCGAGGCGGUAUGAAGCAAGCGAAGAACAAGUGUCUAUUACCUUCCCAGAACACAUGUACAGAGAAAAUGAGCGGAAGAUAAACAAUGUCGGAUACUACUGGUGCGAGGCAAUGAACAUGAACACGACGCGACUUCACCGCUCGAACCUCAUAUUUGUACGGCAUGACGACUUGGCGCUGCAUGCGGGGAGCAUUGAAACCCUGGAACAAAGUAGAAGCCCAGCCAGGAUCUACACCAAGUUCAACCUCCUUGAUGCCUUAACCCCAGACAUAGAGACACUCGUCGCAGCAUAUGACAACCAUCCCCAGAAUCAAUUCCCAACCAACAUAUAUCCGCUGAGAUUCAGAAAACAGGGUUCCAUUAUGGAUUUCCUAUCCUACCAGUUUACACCCAACUCAUUGAGGAGAGUGGAUACUGCUGACGAUUUAUACAAUAGAGCACGGAAUGACCUGAAGAUAGGGUUUCACUCUGACGCUGCCAAGAAAUAUUUUAAACCAGACACAUUGAUACUGAUGAGUAUUGAUUUUUGUUUUGAAUCCAUCCAUGUAGGCACGGAAAGAAACCAAACAUUCCGUUUUCCAACGAGCGUGAUCGGAAAUACUUCCUAUACCAAAGAGAAAUGUGAUGUCAAUAACAAGGCAAUCGGCAAAAGGAAGUGCAAGGGAAGCAAGCUGUAUGGGGCCUAUUGGGGAGACGUCGAAUUUCAGUCCGACUGCGAUAUGUCUGAUUUAAAUAAGUCUGUGAUAUCACCCACACUGAAGAAACAGUCACAGAUUCAUGUGACACACCGCAACGCAAACGACGUUCUGCAGACGACCCUGACUAUCAUAAACGAGACGACCCUGAGUGAGACUGACCUCAUCUAUAUAACCACCAUCCUGGAAAACGUUGCCAAUAUCCCCGAGAUAUCUGCAGAGACUUUUCAGAGCAUGAUGAGAAUAUACGAUAGCGUACUGGACUCGGGAGAUGAAGUCCUGACAAAAGCAGAGAGACGAGGCAAAGUUCCGAACAGAAUCCUGAGUGUUGUUGACAUUGCUACAGGCAAGAUCAAACCAGAGCCGUCUGGCCACCAACGGAUACUCACAGGCAGUUUUGGCACAGAUGUGUGGGACUUGACAAACCCAUUCCAGAAAGAUAUGGCAAUUGGUCUUCAGUUUUCUGAAAAGGAGUACCAGAAAACUAUAAAGAACGAAAGCUUAGUUUCUUUGUUCGCCCUCUCGGAACUAAAGUACGGGGAGACCGAAGCUGCAAUUAUAUUUCCCAAGCUUUACAUCGAGCGAAUUGUAAAUGAUUCUCAUAGUCAAAACGUGACUAUUAUACUGAGUGUGUUCAAAAACACUCGCCUGUUCACUGCGAGGGGAAACACGUCAAGACAGCCAAUCAAAUACUCCUUAAACAGCAAGGUCAUCGCAGCUAAGCUUCUCAUUGGUGGACGUCCAGUCAGAGACUUGUAUCAAUCCAACAUAACAACUGUCUUCAUGCCGAUGAAGUCCCUUGCUUCAGACGCCCGUCUAUAUCUCACUUCCUGUGGGUUCUGGAAUUUCACCGGAAAUGACGACUCCGGAUCGUGGUCGACGGACGGUUGUCGCUAUGUGAGAGAGGAGAAUGGACGGGAUGUCUGUGCCUGUGAUCACCUGACAAACUUCGCUGUGUUACUGGACUUCUACGGCCAGGAUACUCUGAAACACUCCCUUGCUCUCAGCAUCAUCACAAUCAUCGGACUUAGCCUCUCCAUAUUCGGUCUGUCGUUGACAGUGCUGUCAUUUGUAAUCUUCAGGAAGUUACGUCAAACACGUCCCCAGCAAACGAUGUUUAACCUGGCUCUGGCUGAACUCUGUUCGUGGAUUGUAUUUUUGGCUGGCAUCAAUCAGAUCGGGGACCACAAUGGAUGCAUCGUGGUGGCGGUGCUACUGCACUACUUCAUCCUGGCGUCGUUCAUGUGGAUGCUGGUGGAAGCGGUGCUUCAUUACAUCCUGUUUGUCAAAGUCCUUGGCACCUAUAUCCCCAGGUUUAUGCUGAAGACAGCGAUACCAGCUUGGGGUAUUCCCCUGCUGCCUCCAAUUGUCAUACUGGCCAUUGACCCCGACCUUUAUAGAGGGGGAGACAAUUAUUGCUGGAUGUCUUUAACUCCUUUCUACUACGGCUUCUCCCUCCCCGUUGGCCUCAUCAUCAUCAGCAACAUCGUCCUCUACAUCAUGGUGGUGGUCAACAUCUGCAGAAGGUCGUCGGCCGCUGUCCGCACGAAUCAGUCAAACCAGGACAGAACAGCAGUUAACAUCCGGGCAUCUAUUUUCUGCUUUAUACUUCUAGGUUUGAGCUGGGUGUUCGGCUACAUGGCCAUUGCGGAUGCCAGGGUGGUGUUCCAGUACAUCUUCACCAUCACAAACUCCAUACAGGGCUUCCUCAUCUUCAUCCUCUUCACAGCUCGUAACAAGGAGGUUCGAGACAGCUGGAGCGAGUUGUGCUGCAAGAAGAAGAAAUCCCCGCGCGGGGGGAAGGCGCGCCUAUGCAAUGUCUCUCAGAACCAUUCUAAUUCCAGUGAUCAACAGAACCGCACUACUGACACCGGCGUGUCUAACGAGGCGUACCAACAUCCACAAUUUCAGUUGAGACAUUCCAGAAAUGCUCCAAGCUUAAACCUGAAAUAGUUAUAAGUCCGAUAUUACUUUAUCAUUAAUUCAUUUCAAUAUUGUCAAGAAAUUUGUUUUUGUGAUGCAAAAAAUCCCAUAAGGAUUAUGGUUUGAAAACACAUUGAUGAGGAAAUAUUCAUAUUCAUGUUGCGCUUACCUCUCGGUGAAAUGUACUUAGAUUUUUUGUGUUUUGAUAACAACUAGCAGGUCGAAAGACUGUGAUGCAGGAACUCUUACGUCACGACAGAUUCGCUUUCACACAAUCGACCACAAUCGGCAACACGUUGUUAGAGCGACUUUACAACCUCAUGAAUGCCCAGUUACUUUUCUGACGCACAUUUCAUAAGAUGUGAGGGAAUUGUGCUCGCGCGGCCUUGGAUCUACCUCCGACUAUAAAAUUACGCAAAUAUGUAAUUUCAAAUAAAAAAAAACGGUCUGAAAAAGACACUGCUGAGUGCUGUCCGUGAUUUUGUUUUACAGCAA